UGGGGCAGUGGGCGGGGCUUCCGGGUGACCGCGCAGGCUCUCGCCAUGCUGCGGCUUCGCCUCCUGACCUGGGAUGUGAAGGAGACGCUGCUGCGGCUGCGGCAGCCCCCGGGCCAGAGCUACGCGGCCGAGGCCCGGGCCCACGGGGUGCGGGUGGAACCGGAGGUUCUGAACCGGGCAUUCCAGGAGGUUUACCGGGCCCAGAGCCGCCUCUUCCCCAACUACGGCCAAGGCCGUGGGCUGAGCUCCCGGCAGUGGUGGUUGGAGGUGGUGACCCAAACCUUCCGACGGGCGGGCGUGCGGGACGAGCGGAUCCUGACGCCGGUGGCAGAAAAGCUUUACCGGGACUUCUGCAGCGCCCGCAACUGGGAGGAGCUGCCCGGAGCCAGAGAGACCCUGAGGAUGUGCUGCCAGCGGGGGUUCCGCAUGGGGGUUGUGUCCAACUUCGAUAACCGGCUGGAAAGCAUCCUCACGCAGUGCCAGCUCCGCCAGCACUUUGACUUCGUCCUCACCUCCGAGGCCGUGGGCUUUGCCAAGCCGGACAGGAGGAUCUUCGAGCAAGCUCUGCGGCUCGGGGGGGUCCCCCCGGAGGAGGCGGCUCACAUCGGGGAUGAUUACAGCCGGGAUUACAGGGCUGCCCGAGCUGUGGGCAUGCACAGCUUUCUGCUCCGGGCCCCUGGGCAGGGCGAGGAGCCGGAGGUGCCCCCCGAGCACAUCCUGCCCACGCUCAGCCACCUCCUGGAGCUGAUUGAGAAGGGGUAGGUGCGGGUGGAGGAGGAGCCCGCACUGCUGCUGCUGCGGGGUGAGCCCGAGCUGGCAGAAAGCGGUGGGAUUUCUUGCUGCUGGUGGAGCAGGGAAAGGAAGCGAGGGGUUUGAGGGCUGCCUGCAGAGCAGGAGGGGUGUUCAAGCAAUAAACGUAUCUGAAA